GCAGCAUUGGACUGCCAUGAUUAGUGGGUAUGUGAAGCAUGGGCAGGCGAAGGAAGGUAUUGAUCUGUAUUUGGAAAUGCGAAGGGCUGGCAUCCAGCCGGACGAUUUCACUUUUCCUUGUGUGCUUAAAGCAUGUGCCAAACUAUCAGCUUUACGACUUGGCAAGGUUAUGCGCAGCUUGGGAAUGGUGACGAGGCACUCAAAUUAUUUCUCAGCAUGCAAACCGGAUGUUUGAAUCCAAAUGUGACUUCAUGGAAUACCAUCAUUGCAUCAUGUGUGCAGAAAGGGCAGGUGAACGAGAUAUCAGAAAUAUUUAGACAAAUGCAGAUGGCGGGCGUCAAGGCAAACACAGUUACAUGGAAUACGAUGAUUGCAGGUCAUACACAGAGAGGACAUGAAGAAGAGGCCUUAAAACUCUUCCGUCAAAUGUGUUUCACUGGUGUAGAGCCCGACUCUGUCACCAUUGCCAGUGUUUUUGCAGCAUGUGCUCGUUUAUCAGCACUCCAAGAUGGGGAGGAAAUCCAUGGCUACAUUAUUAGACGGGCAUUUCCAUUGAACCUUUUUACUGGAAACACUCUCCUAGACAUGUACUCUAAAUGUGGUUGUAUUGCAUCUGCACGAUCCGUGUUUGACAAAAUGUCUCAAAGAGAUGUGGUGACAUGGACUACACUGAUGGUAGGUUAUGGCCAUAAAACUGACAGGGAAGAAGUCAUGAAACUAUUUAAGCAAAUGCAACAGGCAGGUGUGAAGCCUAAUGUAAUAACAUAUAAUGGGAUGAUUUCAGUGUUUACUCAAAACGAGUAUGGUGGUGAGGCGUUGAAACUCCUAAACGAAAUGCAAUCAACAGAUAUAAAACCCAAUACAGUUACCAUUUCUAGCAUUCUAUCUGUAUGUAGUGAUUUAAGAUUCCACAAGCAGGGGAAAGAAAUCCAUAAUUACAUAAUUAGAAGAGGAUAUCAGUCAGAUGUUUUGGUGGGGAACUCUCUUAUAGACAUGUACACAAAGUGCGGAUAUCUAGAGGAUGCACGGUGUGUGUUUGACAGAAUGUCUCGAAAAGAUGUCAUUUCAUGGAAUACAAUGAUUGUUGGUUAUGCCCAGAAUGGUUUUGAUGUUGAGGCUCUAAAUUUUUUUCAUAAAAUGCAACUAACAAGUGUAGAGCCAAAUAUCAUCACAUGGACUGCAAUGAUUUCAACACAUGCGCAGAAUGGGCUCGCCAUUGAAGCCUUGAAAUUUUUCCAGGACAUGCAGUUGUUUGCUAUGAAACCCAACUCAGUCACCAUUGCAAGCAUUCUCCCUGCUUGUACAUCUUUAACAGCUCUACAACAGGGCAAGGAGAUCCACGGUUACAUGAUCAGAAAUCGAUUUGAGAUGGAUGUCAAUGCAGGAAAUGCACUAAUAUAUAUGUAUGCCAAAUGUGGGAGCAUUGACACUGCACGUAUGGUGUUUGACAAAUUGUCUGCCAAAGAUGCUGUGUCUUGGAAUGCAAUAAUUUCUGGAUAUGCCCAAAAAGGUCAUGAUGAAGAAGCCUGGAGUCUUUUCUGUGAAAUGCAAGUGGGUGGCAUCAAGCCAAGUGUGAUGUCGUGGACAUCAAUGAUUGCAGGGUAUACCCAAAAUGGGAAGUGUAACGAGGCCUUGACACUCUUCUAUCAAAUGGUUCUUGCUGGUCAGAAACCAGACACAGUUGUCCUUGCUAGUGUACUCCCUGCAUGUGCCCAUUUGGCAGCUUUGAAAAGAGGUAAGGAGAUCCAUGGCCACAUAAUUAGAAUUGGAUUCGACUCGGACAUCUUUGCUGGAAGUGCUCUUAUAGACAUGUAUGCCAAGUGUGGAUGCCUGCAGAAUGCACAGCAAGUUUUUGACAAAAUGCCUGCAAGGAAUGUUGUUUCGUGGAAUGCAAUGAUUGUUGGUUAUGCCAUGCAUGGGAAUGGUGUGGAAUCCCUCACCAUCUUUUCUCAAAUGCAACAGACACGCAUAAAACCAGAUGAUAUCACUUUCACUGGUGUGUUAUCUGCAUGCAGCCACGCAGGUAUGGUGGAUGAAGGCUGGAAGUACUUUCAUUCCAUGAGUCAAAUUUAUGGUGUUGUACCAAAGUCAGAGCACUAUGCUUGCAUGGUUGAUCUUCUUGGUCGUGCUGGGCACUUGGAUGAGGCAUAUGACUUCAUCAAAAAAAUGCCCUUAACACCUAAUGCUUCUGUGUGGGGGGCUUUGCUUGGAGCUUGUAGAGUUCAUUGUAACAUGGAGCUAGCUGGAUUCAUUGCAGAACGACUCUUGGAAGUAGAACCCCACAAUGUAGGAAAUUUUGUGCUUCUAUCAAGCAUUUAUGCUGCAGCUGGCAGGUGGGAUGAAGCAGCAAACACAAGAAAAAUGAUUAGAGACAGGGGAUUAAGAAAGAAUCCAGGAUACAGUUGGAUCGAGGUCAUGGAUAGGGUGCAUGUUUUUCAUGUCGGAGAUAAUUCGCAUCCACAAACAUAAAUUAUUUGUGCGACACUGUAAAUGUUUUUUAAGACAGACAAAAUUGAAUGGAUGUGUCCCAUAACACACAUUUUGUCAUUGCAUGACAUGAACACACAAGACAAACAAAGCAUUCUCUUUGCACAGUGGGAAUUAUUGUAAGAUUUAGUUAUCGAGAUUUAGAGGCUUAAUGGUAAGCACAAAAAAAUUACGUGAUCAAUAUAACAAAAACAAAUUGUAUUACUAUCAAAAAAAUGCAA